GGAGUGUCAACAUGCAAGAUGGCGGCGCAUCACAGGCAGAACACCGCGGGGCGGCGGAAAGUGCAGGUGUCUUAUGUCAUUAGAGACGAAGUAGAGAAAUGUAACCGGAAUGGGGUCAAUGCUCUUCAGUUAGAUCCAGCAUUAAACCGACUCUUCACUGCUGGGAGAGAUUCUAUCAUUAGAAUAUGGAGUGUCAGCCAGCACAAGCAAGAUCCCUACAUAGCAUCUAUGGAGCAUCACACCGAUUGGGUGAACGAUAUCGUAUUGUGUUGUAAUGGGAAAACAUUAAUAUCGGCUUCCUCUGACACAACAGUGAAAGUGUGGAAUGCCCAUAAGGGAUUCUGUAUGUCAACAUUAAGGACACAUAAGGAUUAUGUGAAAGCCUUGGCCUAUGCCAAGGACAAGGAGCUGGUAGCCUCUGCUGGGCUGGACAGACAGAUCUUCCUCUGGGACGUUAACACCCUCACAGCACUGACCGCCUCAAACAACACUGUCACAACUUCUUCCCUAAGUGGGAACAAAGAUUCCAUUUAUAGCCUUGCAAUGAAUCAGCUGGGAACAAUCAUUGUAUCCGGGUCCACUGAGAAGGUUUUGAGGGUUUGGGAUCCAAGGACAUGUGCAAAGCUCAUGAAGCUCAAAGGGCACACAGACAAUGUGAAGGCCUUGCUGCUGAACCGAGAUGGGACUCAGUGCCUUUCUGGCAGUUCUGAUGGGACCAUCCGCCUCUGGUCCCUUGGCCAACAGAGAUGCAUAGCAACCUAUCGAGUGCAUGAUGAGGGAGUGUGGGCCUUGCAGGUUAAUGAAGCCUUUACCCACGUGUAUUCUGGAGGAAGAGACCGAAAGAUUUAUUGUACAGAUUUGAGAAACCCUGAUCUUCGGGUCUUGAUUUGUGAAGAGAAGGCCCCUGUUCUCAAGAUGGAGCUUGAUAGGUCAGCUGAUCCUCCGCCUGCAAUUUGGGUUGCAACAACAAAGUCUUCAGUGAAUAAAUGGACUUUGAAGGGAAUUCACAAUUUUAGAGCUUCUGGAGAUUAUGACAAUGACUGUAACAAUCCUCUCACACCCCUUUGUACACAGCCUGAUCAAGUUAUUAAAGGAGGUGCCAGUAUUAUUCAGUGCCACAUUCUUAACGAUAAGAGGCAUCUCUUAACCAAAGACACCAACAAUAACGUGGCAUAUUGGGAUGUACUGAAGGCAUGUAAAGUUGAAGAUCUUGGCAAGGUGGAUUUUGAAGAAGAAAUUAAGAAAAGAUUUAAAAUGGUGUACGUGCCCAAUUGGUUCUCAGUUGAUUUAAAAACUGGGAUGUUGACAAUUACACUGGAUGAGAGUGACUGCUUUGCCGCUUGGGUUUCAGCAAAAGAUGCGGGCUUUAGCAGCCCAGAUGGGUCUGAUCCAAAAUUGAACUUGGGAGGGCUUUUACUGCAAGCUCUCCUAGAGUAUUGGCCCAGAACCCAUGUUAAUCCAAUGGAGGAAGAGGAGAAUGAAAUGAACCAUGAUUACCCAAAGCCAGGACGAAGGGCUAACACAUUUGGAGGACAAGAUGCAGGUGAAAAAAAGGACUGGCCAGGAGAGACUGUGAAUGGAGAGCAGGAGAAUCGUGUCCAGAAAGGAAAUGGCUACUUCCAGGUCCCUCCACACACCCCUGUGAUCUUUGGCGAGGCUGGAGGCCGGACCCUAUUCAGGCUCCUGUGUCGAGAUUCUGGAGGGGAGACUGAGUCGAUGCUGCUUAAUGAGACAGUGCCCCAGUGGGUGAUUGACAUCACUGUGGAUAAAAAUAUGCCCAAAUUCAACAAAAUUCCCUUCUACCUCCAACCUCACUCAUCUUCAGGGGCAAAAACCUUAAAGAAAGACAGACUGUCUGCCAGCGACAUGCUCCAGGUCAGGAAGGUGAUGGAACAUGUUUACGAGAAAAUCAUAAACUUGGACAGUGAGUCUCAGACCACCAGCUCGUCGAAUAAUGAAAAAACGGGAGAACAGGAGAAAGAAGACGACAUCGCUGUGCUGGCGGAGGAGAAAAUUGAACUCUUGUGCCAGGACCAAGUUCUGGAUCCGAAUAUGGACCUUCGAACAGUGAAGCACUUCAUAUGGAAGAGUGGCGGUGACCUCACUCUGCAUUACCGCCAGAAGUCCACGUGAAGGCCAUGAGGCGAGCCUCCUGGGUAUUCAUUUACUGACCUUUCUCUUGUGGCCCUGAGAGUAGUACUACCUAGUGAAGCCCACUGAACCCCCACAGUAGCGCGACUUCUAACGACUGAUUCCGUGCGGACCCAGAUUACCCCUUUUACCUGAAGUGACUAAUAGAGAUGUAAUAUAGAAACACAAUCUAUACGGCCCCAAGGGAGGCAGCGUGUGCAGGUGGAGGGAGGGAUGCAGGGCCUGGACAGACAUGGCUGCCUCCUUUUUCUUUCCACGGACUCAUCUCCGUCUCUUCCUGCUUGGGAGGAGACACUUGGGGGCCACAUGUGUCGCUGUGUUCCCAGUGUAAUUCAAACCUGCACGGAUGUCUCACCUUUUUUUUUUAAGCACAUUCCAUUCAGAGAGCACCUUGGGAUGACCUUUCAGGCUGGUUGGUCAUCCAGAAAAUCAGAUCAUUUUCACCCUUCGGAGACAAGAUCUUUUUUAAAACGGAGAAGCACCAUCGCGCCCUCGAGGGCAGCCCGCUUACUCACAAAUAGCAGACCUUUGCUUCGAUGCUAUACUUCAGAUGUGUUCUUAGAGAGAUCUGCUGCAGUUCAGAAAUCCUGAGUCAGGACACUCCAGAAACCCGGGUGCAGGGUCAGUCCAUCGGUGCUGGGCGUCAUGACAGAAUCUACACACUUUACACGGGAGCCAAUUAAAGCUUAGCCGUCUUGUCUCUUCCUUCCUGCACCGUGUUCACUUGUAACUUGUGCCAGCAGAAAUUCAGGUUGCAGCUCCAGGUAGAAGCCCGAACUUUGUUCCAACUGAAGGGCAUUCUGAAAUUUUAGCUUCGUUUAAACGUGACCUAAAACCUUUGUCCAAGUACAGAACUAGCACAGCAGAUUGAUCUGACGCUCAUCACCUAAAAGUAGUUUGUUUUUCCAACGUUUUAUAUGCAUUUUUGUUGUUGUACUGAGAUCUUCUUUUCACUGUUCUUUCUAAGGAUCUAAUGCUUUCAUACCAUCCAUCAUCUGGGUCUUGUAUAGGGUUUAACUUAUUGGGGGAAAAACAUUUCAACUUUUGGCAGGGAAAAAAACACACCUUUGGGUUCUCCCCAAAGGCUGUUUGUGUGCAGAACAGAUCUGAGGUCCACCCCGAGAACUUGUGUGAGAGAGACUCCUGUCCCAAGCCAGAAGCACAAGUGCCUUUGGAGGGUGGUUUGUUCCGUGCAGAUUCUCUUCCUGGCCUUGCUCCAGCCCUUCCCAGGGUGUGGGGCAGCAGAUGAGGUGUGGCCACAAAGGUUCCAGUUCACACUCCUGUGAGGACUGGGCGUUCUCACUCCCAUCAGGCUUCAUUGGGAAAGCAGCCAAUUCAUGCCUCCUGCCCUUGGAGGAGCUAAGCAGACGCCGUGCUCAAUCUCCUGUCCACUCAAAUGUGCUUCUACUUUUUUAAAAGCCAGGUGUAUUCGCUGUGAUGCAGCAUGUGCUGCAGCGGCACAUUUUUAGCAACGUUGGUGAAUUAAACAGGAAAAAGAAAUGCCACUGGACCUCAUGGAUUGGCUCCUGACCCUAAUUCCUGUUAGCAGGAGGGGCCGUUCUUCUGAUGGAAGUGAGUUCUCCCAGGUCCCUUUGGGUGGUACCCAACUUCUACAAUCACUGUUUCCUCUUUACUUUUGUGGACCUAAACUCCACCAGGGUUCUCUUCCAUUCCCCUCCCUUCCUCCCUCCCCUCUUCCUUCUAACCAACUCAAUAAUGCAAUUUCAGGAAAGUUUGACAGAGUCUGCAAUGCCAAAAGGGUAAAUAAUCUGUAUUUCACAGUUGUAUAGAAUAAAAGGCUUUAGUUAAAAUA